AUGAAGGAGGAUGAAACUGUGUCUGAAUUUCACAUGAGGGUGCGAGACAUGGCGAAUGCAUCAUUUGCCCUUGGAGAACAAAUAUCUGAAGAAAAGCUAGUCAGAAAAUUUCUCAGAUCUCUACCUAAGAGAUUUGACAUGAAGGUGACAGCAAUUGAGGAAGCUCAGGAUAUUGGCAGCAUAAAAGUUGAUGAAUUAAUUGGUUCUCUGCAAACCUUUGAGAUGUCAUUGAAUGAAAGGUCAGACAAGAAGAAUAAAAGUAUAGCUUUUGUGUCAAACGCUGAAGAUGAUGAUGCAAGUGAGAAAGAGUCUGAUGAAAAUCUGUCUGAGGCAAUAACUCUGCUUGGGAGAAAGUUCAACAAAGUUAUGAGGAGGUUUGAAAGAAAAACUAGACCAAAUGUGCCAGACAAGCGGUCUGACAUUGGAAAAAAUUCUGGUUUUGCACGCAGAAACAAGGAAGAAGACAAAUCCAACAAAAACAAGGGAGUCCAGCGUCAUGAAUGCAAAGGAUAUGGGUAUAUUAAAGCAGAAUGUGCAACUUAUCUAAAGAAGCUAGGAAAAGGGAUGGUGGCAACUUGGUCUGAUGAUGAUACAGAAGAGGAAGAUGAACCUCAAGUCAUGGGUCUUACUAUGAAGUGUAACUCUGAAACAGGUUCAAGUGAUGGUGAAAUAUCUGAGGAGGAACUUGCUGAAACCUACAAACUUCUAUUCAAUAACUGGAAGGAGGCUUGUGAAAAAGGAAAGAAGUUAGAAGGAGUUGUCAAGGAUCUGGAGAUUGAGAAACAAAAUUUGUUGAUCAUUAAUGGCAAACUUCAAGAAGAAGUCAUUGUGUUGAAUUCAAAGAUUGAAGGUAUGAUAAAAUCUGUUCGUAUGUUGAAUAAAGGAACUGAUGUGUUUGAAUUGAUUUUGGAAACAGGAAAAGCUGCAAGGGAUAUGACAGGCUUAGGCUAUACUGAAGACCCCACAUCAGAAGAAAAUAAACAAAUCAGUAACAAGUUCAUUCCUGCAGAGAAGAAGACUGAGUUCAAGAUAUCAAAUCGAAUGUCACAACAUGGUGUUCAACAAGGGUAUCGGCAGAUUCCUUACUCUUAUCCUCAGGUUCAGAAAAUGAGAAGUUCAACCUGGAGAUGUCAUCACUGUGGUAAGCAUGCACACAUAAGACCCUAUUGCUACAGGCUAUAUGGAGCACCUCAAUACUGGAAGGCUACUCAGAUACUCAUCUAUGCCAGUUCAAAGAGAAGAAAGUGGAAACCUAAGAACAAUGUCACUGCACUUGUUGCCUAUACCUCUCUGAGAGUAUCCUCUAAGGAGGAUUGGUACUUUGAUAGUGGAUGUUCCAGGCACAUGACUGGUGUGAAGAUGUACCUAGACAAUAUCAAACCACACUCAACCAGCUAUGUCACUUUUGGUGAUGGUGCUAAAGGAAAGUUCAAGGGAUCCGGAAAGAUUGUCAGUGGUGGUUCUCCAAAUCUGAGUAAUGUUCUACUGGUGGAAGGCUUAAUUGCUAACCUGAUUAGGAUAAGUCAACUGUGUGACUUGGAUCUAAAUGUCUCAUUCAACAAAGCUGGCUGCAAAGUUACUGAUGAGAAUGGGGAAGUUGUCAUCACUGGAGUGAGAUCCAAAGACAAUUGCUACAUGUGGUCUCCACAGAACAAGGCUAUGUCUUUAGUGUGCCUAGUAUCAAAGGAAGAUGAAGCAAAGUUGUGGCAUCAAAAAUUGGGACAUCUAAACCCUACAAGCAUGAGGAUGGUCAUAUCUAAAAAAGCCAAGCGAUAA